GUCUAUCAGUGUUAUGUAUUUUGCCACGUUUUAGGUUGUGUGUGGACCCAGGAAGAGUAACUGCUGCAACGGCUAAUGGGGAUCCUAAUAAAAUACCAAAUGAACCACCACCAGACAGGUUCAAAACAGAUCUAUGAAAAGUGUCUAAGGGUAGGAAUCGACUUCAGACUGGGACCAUGGUCAGUUAUUGGACUCACAACAAACAGAGUGUAUGAACACUUGCAACAUAACAGAGGUCCACACUGUAUACCAACUACCACUUCAGGAUAUAGGUGUUGUCCAGCAUGAAGGAAGGAAAUUCUGUCACUUAGAACAAUGGGCCUGUUUCUCUAUCUAUAGACCCACAGAGGCAGAGAAAGAGAGAGAAGGAGCCCUUACCACCAUUACCUAGAAGACAGACAGAAAACACAAAGAAAAAGAGAGAGAGUGGAGAAAAAUAUGUUCUGAUUUUAAAGAGACUAUAUUGAUGAAGAUAACGUGUUCGAGAGAAAGAGAGAUAGACGUUUUGAAAAUGGAGUUUUUGUCUUGGGGAAAAAGGAAAAUACUAAGUUGUUUUUAACCAUUUUGUUUUUUUUCUGUUGAGAAGGACUAAUAUAAUACUUAUACGAAGAGGGAACUGCAGUCUUUCUCGAUGGAUCAGAUGGAGGGGACUGACAGUCCUCGCUUCAGGAAGCUCCAUUUCCCUGUGGGUCUGUGGAUCAACUCUCCCAGGAAACACUUUGCCAAGCUGGGGGGCCGCUGGCCCAGCGCCGUCUCUGUCAAGUCCACCACCAGCUCUGAUGCAGCGUCCCUCCACGAGGCCCCAUCUUCCCUCUCCAUCUCCACCCCCUCCCUCGCUCCCCCAUCCCCCUCUCCCUCUCCGGCCUUUCUCCGGCCCCGUCCCGCCGGGCCCCAGUCCCGCACCAAGCGUCUUUCCCACCUCUUCCUGAGGGGGCGCUCCAACAGUGACCGAGACAAGGCCAUAGGGGAGAAGGAGAGGGAGGUGUGGGCCCACUCUGCUGCCCCUUCCUCCCACCACUACCUGCCCCCUGCCUCCUCCACAGCCCCAGGCCUCAUCAAGAUCUAUGGGGAUGCUCUGUCUAGUGGGGCUAACUACCGCUCUUUGCUGGCCACCACCCACUCUACAGCCAAACAGCUCAUCGCCCAGGUCAUCACCCGCUAUACGGAGAGAGAGAGGGAGGAGACGGACGAUGCAGCCCUGCAGAAACACAGCCCGGAAGACUUCCUGUUGUGUGAUGUCAUUGGAAAGCCCAUCCAGCAACCAGAUGGAGCUUUCCAAUGGGAGACAGAGUGUCGCAGGGGUGUGGCUGAAUGGGAAUGCCCACUGCUAUUGGUGGACAUGUGGCGGCCCAAGGAGGGGUUUGAACGCCGCUUUGAGAUCCAGAGACGGGACGACUACGAAAGAGAGGAGAGGGAGAAAGAGAAGGAGCGAGAGAGGGAAGGAGAGAACCACACAGGUGUACGUUGGAGGCGGAGCCGCAUACAGUCGGGGGGCGGGACUGAGGAGGGCGAGCGAGGUCAUCGAGGACGGAACUCGGAACUCAGGAGGAGCAUCAGCGACAUGAACCUCAGCCUGAGGCGUCGCCAAGGAAACCACAUCGGCAAUGACCCCCGUCGCUCCGGAAACCACCCUAACAACAGUGCUGGACUUCAGGACAGGAAGAACAUUGUGAGCAUGAUAGCUCCAUUGGAGCACGGAGAGAUGAUGAGGUCAAAGGUCAGAGACGAGGUGGAGCGGAGGAACAAAGCAGACAAAGCAGUGGAGGAGGAGAAAGACUACUCAGCCUGCGACCUGGAAGUGAUGUCACAGAGCCUGAUCCUCCCGCCCACGGACCGACCCUACUUCUUGUUGCUGCAGGGCUACGACCAGAGCAAGGACUUUGUUUUGUACAUCAUGGCAGGGCACACACACGUUUUUGGGCGGAAGCCAACGAUGAGGGAGAGAGAGAAGGACAGAGAAAGGGAAAGGAAGGGGAAGAGGCCUCUGAAGGUGGAAACGUUCCUCUCUGCUCCAGACAUGCUGGCCAGGCACCUGUUGGUCAGGAGAGACUCAGCCGUACCCGACGCUCCCUCUGGGCAAGCUCUGAUGCGUCCCUUCAGAGGAGGAGUUGUCACACACAACGGAGAAGCUCUCUACCGGGAGGCGGUGCUUAAACCUGGGGACGUGAUUGGCAUAGGAGGUCAUUUUAUCUUCCUGUAUCGUGACCCCCGCGUGACCCCGGCCCCUCCGCUGGCAUUGGCGCUGCCUUGGCAAGCCGACGUUCCCUCCACCUGCUGCCUCUCGGGAUUGGUGGACAGACAGGAAGCGUUGAGGCAGUACCUGGGUUCCACUGAGGCUCUGCUGCGGUUCCAGCCCCGCCACGCUGACGCUCUGCUACAGGAGAUAAUCUCUAAGAACUCCUCUCCAGACUCAGAGGGCGGGCCUUUAGCCCCAGCUUUUCUCCUGUCAAUCAUGAUUGACCAUGCCUCCAAACACCUGGAUCCCGCCCUCACGCCUCAGUUGCUGCUGAAAGCAGCCAAUCAGAUCAAAGGGAUCGUUUGGGACAACAUUAAGGAAUUUGGGGAUAAGCAUCCCACGCAAAAUUCCACAGAGCAGGAGGUUGAACUGAGUGCGCCCAGUGCUCAGAAGCUGUCCUCUGACCUUCGACCUCUGAUGUUCUGGAUGUCCAAUGCCACAGAGCUCCUCAACUUCUUCCAGGUCAAAGCUGAGGCCAUGGAGAGAGACUGGGAGUUUGAGGCUCCUGGUGACCCGGUGUUGUCAGCUGACCUGGAUACCUGCUCCGAGGCCCUGGCGCAGCUUGAUGACGUGAUAAUGCACACCUUCCAGCAGUGCGUGUACCACCUCACAAAGACGCUGUACUCCCUCCUUCCAGCUCUCCUGGACAACAACCCUUUCUCCAGCCCGGAGAAAGAGAAGGAGAGAGAUGAGGGUAGGGAGAUGGAGAGGGGUGAGGGUGGUGGAGAGGAGGACGACGUGUCCUCCCUCCCCCCUACGGUGGCUGGGCUGGUGGAGGUGUACCGCUGCUCCCUGAUGCUGUCCCGGGAGGCCUGCCUCUCCCCCCCACUCACCUCCCAAACCUUCGGCUACCUCUUCUUCUUCACCAACACCUCCCUGCUCAACACACUGCUGGAGAGAGAUGGUCUGUUCUCCUGGUCUAGAGCGGUCCAGAUCCGUACAAACCUGGACCUGGUUCUGGACUGGCUGCAGGGCGCGGGACUUGGAGAUAUCGCCUCUGAGUUCCUGAAGAAGCUGUCCGUCACAGUCAAUUUCCUGUGCGUCCCUAAGACCCGCCUCAUCCAGUCAUCCUGGGCCAGCCUACAGGAGGACCAUGCCUUGCUAAGCCCCACCCAGCUGCACCAUCUGCUGACCAAUUACAAGCUGGGACCGGCCAGAGCCCCACCGACCUCCUGGGCCCCUCCCCCUGGGACGGAGCUCAGUGGAGACAUCUUCGAAAGUUUCCUAGACCACCCCCCUCUCAUCCUGCCAAAUGAGACGCCUCAGCUGGACCUCUCGCAGCCAAUCCCCAGCCCCGAGCUACAAAAGGAAGUGACACGCCUGCGCAACUUCCUGUGGGGACUCGACCAGGAUGAGCUGCCAGCCAAUCAGAGGACCAGGCUGUGAGCGCUGGAAAGUUCAUCUCUGGGUAGAAGCUACCCUUAGGCACAGUUCUAGGAUCAGUUCACCAUCCGCCUUAACCAUGAAGGGGGAGAGACACAAAACUGACCCUUGAUCAGUAUCUAGGGGCAACCUCAUCCAUCUCAGGCAACUUUGAUAUUAACACUAUAUUGAACCCCCUGUCGUAAGGCAGAUGCAAUGGAUAGGAAUGGCAACUGGUGUGAGGAAUGGCAACUGGUGUGAUGAAUGGCAACUGGUGUGAGGAAUGGCAACUGGUGUGAGGAAUGGCAACUGUCAAAAGAAAGUCAUAACACAAUGUAAUAGUUAUCUAACUGUAAGACAAUACAACUCUUCUAUUACUGUUCUCUAAACACUCUUUAUUUUGUAACACAUUACCUGAAAUGCAGUGGCUGCUUGAAAAAGAAAAGUCCUGCAAAAUGAAGCAUAAAUUAUGGUAUGACUAUGUUAUUAUGUAAAAGAUAUCCCUGUAGGUCAGCUUUAUACUGGAUGGAUGGAUGCUCACAGAUAUUCUCAUAUAAAGAAUAUAGUAAAUGUGUAUUGUCACAGAACAUUAGAUUGUAUACCAAAGUAAACUCUAACACUAUGAAGGAAACUGUUUUACCAUGUGUAUUUUAUUUCUAACUGACUGCCCUCAUAUUAUAAAUAAAAUGUUGGUACCCUA